CCUUUUGUCUAUGGUUAUUCUAUGGUCGCGCCAUUCGUGCCUAAUGGCGCGUUAUGUAUGCUAGUGUUUUUGUGAGAUUGAACACUUGUUGGAGCUUUGCUGGUUUUUAUAGAAAAUAGUUUGUCAAACGAGGGGAUGGCGAAUAUAAAUUUAGACAAGGACGCCUUCUUUAGGCGUAUGAAGAGGAUUUACGCCGGAUGGAAGACGCCAGAGAACUCGAAUGAAGAUGGUCUGUCGAAAGCAGACGCGAUAUCGUCGGCCGUGGGAGUGGACGACGAGAUAGUUUACAGCAAGUCUGGGGCUUUGCAGAUGUGGCUGCUGGGGUACGAGCUCACCGACACCAUCAUGAUACUGACCCAGGACGCCAUUCAUUUCCUGGCCAGCAAGAAGAAGAUUGAGUUCCUGCGCCAGAUCGAGAACUCAAAGGAUGAGAACGAUGUGCCGCCUGUCAAACUUCACAUCCGAGACAGAACGGACGAAGACAAGACAAACUUUGCGAAGCUGGUGGAGGCCAUACGGAGCAGCAAAAAGGGCAAGACCCUGGGGAUGUUCACGAAGGAGAACUAUCCGGGACAGUUCUUGGACUUGUGGAGGGCCGUGGUGAAGAAGGAGCAGUUCGAGACGGUGGAUGUAAGUGCUGCAUUCGCCUACAUCAUGGCUGCCAAAGAAGAUAGUGAGGUUCUGACUAUAAAGAAGGCCUGCCUGGUGUCUGUGGAUGUAUUCAACAAGUACUUAAAGGAUCAGAUAAUGGAAAUCAUUGACUCUGAUAAGAAAGUGAAGCACGUGAAGCUGGCGGAGGGCGUGGAGGCGGCGGUGUCAGACAAGAAGUACGUCUCCGGGGUGGACACGAGCCAGGUGGACAUGUGCUACCCGGCCAUCAUCCAGAGCGGCGGCCACUACAACCUCAAGUUCAGCGUCGUCAGCGACAAGAACGUGCUGCACUUUGGGGCCAUCGUGUGCUCGCUGGGCGUGCGCUACAAGUCCUAUUGCUCCAACAUAGUGCGCACCCUGCUCGUCAACCCCACCACUGAGAUACAGGACAACUACAACUUCCUGCUGAGCGUCGAGGAGGAGCUGAUAAAGGCCCUGCAGGCAGGGACCAAGCUGUGUAGUGUCUACGACACCGCUGUUGAGUUCGUCAAGAAGGAGAAGCCCGCCCUCAUUGACAAGCUCACCAAGAACUUCGGCUUCGCGAUGGGGCUGGAGUUCCGCGAGAGCUCGCUGGUGAUCGGCCCCAAGACCGUGGCAGCCGCCCGGAAGGGCAUGGUGUUCAACCUGAACGUCGGCCUCGCAGACCUGACCAACAAGGAGUCGCAAGAUGCACAGGGGAAGGUGUACGCCCUCUUUGUUGGCGACACUGUGUAUGUCAACGAGGGCCAGCCGGCAACCGUUCUGACACCCUCGAAAAAGAAGAUGAAGAACAUUGGUAUCUUCCUAAAGGACGAUGAUGAGGAGGAAGAAGAGGAAUUGGAGACGGAGAAGAAAAAAAAGGAACCAGAAAUUCUUGGCCGAGGGAAACGAUCGACCGUCCUGGAUUCCAAACUCAGGUCGGAGCACUCGUCGGAGGAGAAGCGCAAGGAGCACCAGCGCGAGCUGGCCCAGCAGCUGAACGAGGCGGCACGCUUGCGGCUGGCACAGCAGUCGGGCGGCAAGGAGCAGGAGAAGCAGCGCAAGUCCACCGUGUCCUACAAGAGCUACAACCAGAUGCCGCGCGAGCCGGAGGUCAAGGAUCUCAAGAUAUUUGUGGAUCGCAAGUACGAGACCAUCAUAUUGCCUGUGUUCGGCAUCUCUGUGCCAUUCCACAUCGCCACCAUCAAGAACAUCUCGCAGUCGGUGGAAGGAGACUACACCUACCUCAGGAUCAACUUCUUCCACCCUGGCGCCACGAUGGGCCGCAAUGAGGGUGGCGCCUACCCCAACCCUGACGCCACUUUCGUCAAGGAAGUGACGUAUCGCAGUACCAACGUGAAGGAGCCAGGGGAGCUCUCUGCGCCAUCGUCCAACCUCAACACGGCGUUCCGCCUCAUCAAGGAGGUGCAGAAGAAGUUCAAGAACCGGGAGGCGGAGGAGCGCGAGAAGGAGGACUUGGUGAAGCAGGACACGCUGGUGCUAUCGCAGAACAAGGGCAACCCCAAGCUGAAGGACCUGUACAUUCGCCCCAACAUCGUUACCAAACGCAUGACGGGCUCUCUGGAGGCGCACAUCAACGGUUUCCGUUACACCUCGGUGCGUGGCGACAAAGUGGACAUAUUGUACAACAACAUCAAGAACGCCUUCUUCCAGCCGUGCGAUGGCGAGAUGAUCAUCCUGCUGCACUUCCACCUCAAGCACGCCAUCAUGUUCGGCAAGAAGAAGCACGUGGACGUGCAGUUCUACACGGAGGUGGGCGAGAUCACGACGGACCUGGGCAAGCACCAGCACAUGCACGACCGCGACGACCUGGCGGCCGAGCAGUCGGAGCGCGAGCUGCGGCACAAGCUCAAGACUGCCUUCAAGAGCUUCUGCGAGAAGGUGGAGAGCAUGACGAAGCAGGAGAUAGAGUUUGACACACCCUUCAGGGAGCUGGGCUUUCCCGGCGCCCCGUACCGUAGCACUGUCCUGCUGCAGCCAACUAGCGGCUGCCUCGUCAACCUCACAGAGUGGCCUCCGUUUGUGAUCACGCUGGACGACACGGAGCUGGUCCACUUUGAGCGCGUGCAGUUCCACCUGAAGAACUUCGACAUGAUCUUCGUGUUCAAGGACUACACCCGAAAGGUGUCCAUGGUCAACGCCAUCCCCAUGAACAUGCUGGACCACGUCAAGGAGUGGCUCAAUUCGUGUGACAUUAGGUACUCUGAAGGAAUUCAGUCGUUAAACUGGACCAAGAUCAUGAAGACCAUCACGGAUGACCCGGAAGGAUUUUUUGAGAGUGGAGGUUGGACGUUCUUGGAUCCUGAGAGUGACGACGAGAACAAAGAGGAAGAUGUGGAAGAAGAGGAAGAGGAUGAUGAAUUCCAGCCGAGCGAUUUGGAGAGCGAAGAAUCAGAGGAGGACUCUGAAUACUCUGAGGUGUCGGAGGACAGUGACAGUGACGUAGACGAGGAUGAGCUGGGCAGCUCGGAGGAGUCGGGCAAGGACUGGUCGGACCUGGAGCGCGAGGCAGCCGAGGCGGACAAGGAGGUGACGGACUUCAAGGACGAGUACUCGGACGCCAAGGGCAAGAAGCGGCCCGGCGGCGACCGCCCCUCCCCGUCCAAGCACCACCGGUCGGAGAAGGGCCGGGGCAAGGAGAAGGACAAGGACAAGGAUAGGCAUUCAUCAUCAAAGCAUCGAAGCAGCAGCAGCUCCAAUCACAAGAAGUCGAGCAGCGACAAGCACAGACACAACCACCACAAGAAGUCGGAACACUCGGCUUCACAAGCCUCCAAGCACAGUCCCUCGAAGAAGCAUCACGACAACCACAGCAGCAGCAAGCACAAGUCGUCCUCCAACGACAAGAAGAGGCCUCGCGAGGACAGUGGCAGUCGCGAUCGCAACAACAAGAAGAAGAAAUAAACCAGCGCUGCGGAAGUGGUGGUGGUUUGCCUGUGUCUGCGUCUCCUCAUUCCAGUGUCGGGUGCUGGCUGUCACCGUGCAUUUCGCUCCACAGGCAGAUUCAUUUAGACAUUUCAUCACGUGUGACCGUGUGCACCGUUCGACCAAGACUGUGGUGCGAUGGUUCCCAAGUGCAUUUGUCUGGCUCGUUCCAUCUGCCAGAAACUUCUCACCUCGUUAACUUUGUCGAGUGCGUCGGCUCGAGUUAAACUCCGUUUGUACAUUCUCUGGUAUCAAUAUUGAGUUUAAUUUAAUUUACUGAACACUUAAAGUACAAUGUAUUUUUAAAUUAUGCUUGUUCAGUGUUUUGUGUAGGUAAUGAUUUUAGAAUAAAUUUUUACCGUAAUUGCGA